AUGAUAACUCACCCCGAGAGCAGCGCAUACCGACCAGCGCUUGCUCACUCUUCAUCCUCAUCUACUCCCGACCAGUGGGCGCGGUCGUCGGUCGGCCCUUCCGCGAUUCCUAAUCCAAGAGAACCAGCGCCCUCGGCGCGUGGAGCUCCUCUGCCGUCGCAGCAGUCGGCGUUGAGGCAUCACUCGACCAGCUCGCGCUCGACCCCACCGCCAUCCACAUCCACCCCGAUACCUUUCGACCACGCCGGCGCGACCACUUCGCACCCACCGAGCGGAAAUCUCGGUACCUUUUCCCCGUCUUCCUCGGUCUCGGCUACCCCCGACUCUUACGCUUCGCCGACCCGAACGAAGCGCGCAUCCGAAGACACGCCGCCGAUCCAGUUGCGCAAUCUCAAUCACAUCGUCGAGCUGGCUAAGGAGGACUGUUUGCACCCGCAGCCGACGCACCGGAGGAAUCGCAGCGGGAAUGAGGACAAGCGGCGCUACGAGAUCAGCAGCAUGCCAGUCGGGGACGUGAUAGAGAUGGUGGCUGCGCUCCUGACGAAGAUCACGACCACAAACGACCUGCAACAUGAGCACCUACACAGGAACAUGCCGCCGGAUGGCGUAGCUGGCUUGAGCACUACCACCAACAGUGUCCUGGCCUUCCACGGAAAGAACGUCCCCAGCAUCACAAUUCAGAGCUACCUUUCUCGGAUACACAAGUACUGCCCGACGACCUAUGAAGUCUUCCUGUCACUGCUCGUGUACUUUGACCGGAUGACGGAGCGGGUGAACGAGAAGCCUCUGGCCUACGGAGUAGGGGGAUCAGUGACGAUCGGGGACAACCAUCCGGAUAUGCCACCUCCCCCGGCUCCCUCUGCGCCGGAUCCAUACCAUACGUCUCAUGUGUUCGUAGUUGACAGCUAUAAUAUACAUCGAUUGGUGAUAGCCGGCGUGACGUGUGCCUCCAAGUUCUUUUCCGAUGUGUUUUACACAAAUUCCAGAUACGCAAAGGUCGGAGGACUACCAUUAGCUGAACUCAACCACCUCGAGUUGCAGUUUCUGAUACUCAACGACUUCCGUCUCUCGGUACCGGUGGAGGAGCUCGAGGCCUACGGUACGAUGCUGGUGCAAUUCUAUGCUCGGGAAGCAAUAGCGAACGCGAACCUGCAGGGCAUCGACCCGCCGUCACCGCCAGCGCAGCAGCAGCAGCAGCAGCAGCAGCCGUAUGUGGUUGGUAGUAUCGCGACAGCUUAG